CUCUCUCUCUCCCCUAGAGACUUCCGUUCCUCUCUAUCUUUUUUUGUCGUUCUGUCCGUCAGGAUGGCGGCGCUGGAAGACCUGGAGUUUGGGAAGUCUGAUUUUGUCCUUCUGGACGAGGUGAACAUAGAGCAGUUUAUGGAGAACCUGAAGCUGAGGUUUGAGAAAGCCCGUAUCUACACCUUCAUAGGAGAGGGGGUGGUGUCAGUCAACCCUUACAAACAGAUGGACAUCUACGGGAAGGAGGACAUCAACGCUUACCGCGGCCGGGAGCUGUACGAGAACCCUCCCCACCUGUACGCUGUGGCCGACGCUGCGUACAAGGCCAUGAAGAGACGAGCCAAAGACACCUGCAUCGUCGUUUCAGGUGAGAGUGGCGCAGGAAAGACAGAGGCUAGCAAGUACAUCAUGCAGUACAUCGCAGCCAUCACCAACCCCAGCCAGAGAGCAGAGGUCGAGAGUGUGAAGAACGUUCUUCUGAAGUCCAACUGUGUGCUGGAGGCCUUCGGUAACGCCAAGACCAACCGCAACGACAACUCAAGCCGCUUCGGGAAGUACAUGGACAUCAACUUCAACUUCAACGGCGACCCYACCGGCGGACAUAUUAACAACUACCUACUGGAGAAGUCAAGGGUGGUGCAGCAGAAUGGGGGUGAGAGGAACUUCCACUCCUUCUAUCAGUUACUACGGGGAGGCUCAGUAGAUAUGUUGAAGUCCCUUCACCUGCACAAUGACCCUGCCAACUAUGUGUACACCAGAGAAGGAGUUGUCGCCACUACGUGCAACAACGACCGGUACAGCCACAACGCAGUGCUGAGUGCCCUGAAUGUGAUUGGCUUCUCAGAGGAGGAGAUUCACUCGAUCUACAGAAUCCUGGGGACCAUCCUCAUCCUGGGUAACCUGCAGUUUGAGACAGACAGUGAGAGUGUCCUGGUGGUGGGGAUGGGGGACGUGAGUCACAUCGCUGAGCUGAYCAGCACAGAGCCAGACAACGUGACCAAGAGCCUGCUGUACCGGACUGUGGCCACCGGGGGCGGAGAAGUCAUAGAGAAGGGACAUUCUGAGAAGGAGGCCUGCUUCGGCCGGGAUGCUUUUACCAAGGCUCUCUAUGAGAGACUGUUUGGUUGGAUUGUAGGCCGUAUCAACGCUGUUAUUGAGGUGAAAGACUAUAACCCAGUGCUUCAUGGGAAAAACACAGUUAUUGGAGUGCUGGAUAUUUACGGCUUUGAGAUCUUCGACAACAACAGCUUUGAGCAGUUCUGCAUCAACUACUGUAACGAGAAGCUGCAGCAGCUCUUCAUCCAGCUGAUCCUUUGCCAGGAACAAGACGAGUACAAGAGAGAGGGUAUCAUCUGGCAGCAUAUUGACUAUUUUAACAACCAGAUCAUCGUGGACCUGGUGGAACAGCCCCACAAAAGGCAUCAUCUCUGGCUGGACGGCUGUCUCUCUGUGGGGAAGGUGACAGACAUCGUCUGCCUGGAGAGUAUGGAUGCUAAGCUGGGACAACACCCCCACUACACCUCUCGCAAGCUCACGCCCUCAGACAAGACCAUGGAGUUCCACAGAGAUUUCCGUAUCCGCCACUACGCUGGAGACGUCACGUGAGUCACGUGCUUUCUUACCUAUGCUUUUACCUCAUUAAUUUACUAUAAUUUCAUUUACUAUAAUC